UUCCUUUUUCAGUAUAACACAAACCAUUUUUUUAGUAUAACACAAACCAUUUUUUCAGUGUUAUUUCCUCUUUGUCUCCGCCAAUGGCGAUCGCAGCAGCAGCAGUCAUCGUUCCUUUGGGGCUUCUCUUUAUCCUCUCUGGUCUCAUCGUCAAUCUCUUCGAGGCUAUUUGCUAUGUUUUACUUCGUCCGGUAUCGAAGAAUUUGUACAGAAGGGUCAAUAGAGAAGUGGCAGAAUUGCUGUGGUUGGAGCUUAUAUGGCUCAUCGAUUGGUGGGCGGGCGUCAAGGUCCAAGUCUAUGCAGAUGCUGAAACUUUCCGAUCAAUGGGAAAAGAACACGCACUUGUCAUAUCCAAUCACAAAAGCGACAUUGAUUGGCUAGUCGGAUGGGUUCUAGCUCAGCGCUCAGGUUGCCUUGGUAGUACUCUAGCUGUCAUGAAGAAGUCAUCAAAAUUCCUCCCAGUCAUUGGUUGGUCAAUGUGGUUUUCUGAAUAUGUUUUCCUGGAGAGAAAUUGGGCUAAGGAUGAAAGCACGUUGAAGUCAGGUUUGCAACGGCUGAAGGAUUUCCCACGGCCUUUCUGGUUGGCCCUUUUUGUGGAGGGAACUCGCUUCACGCAGGGCAAGCUUUUAGCGGCUCAAGAAUAUGCUACUUCAACAGGGUUGCCGGUGCCUAGAAACGUUUUGAUUCCUCGUACAAAGGGUUUUGUUUCAGCCGUAAGUAACAUGCGCUCAUUCGUUCCAGCUAUAUACGAUGUAACUGUGGCUAUUCCUAAAGAUCAGCCUUCACCUACAAUGCUCAGAAUUUUUAAGGGCCAACCUUCUGUGGUGCAUGUCCACAUGAAGCGACAUCUGAUGAAGGAAUUACCCCAGACAGAUGAUGGAGUUGCACAGUGGUGUAGAGAUAUAUUCGUGGCGAAGGAUGCUUUAUUGGACAAACAUCUAGCUGAGGGCACUUUUGAUGAAAAGGAGUUUCAAUCGAUUGAUCGGCCAAAAAAGUCCUUGUUGGUUGUUACGUCUUGGUCAUGUCUCCUGAUAGUUGGCUCUUUCAAAUUCUUCAAGUGGUCCUCAUUGCUAUCCACAUGGAAAGGAGUCGCAUUUUCAACAGCUGCAGUACUUCUGGUUACAGUCGUUAUGCACAUCUUUAUUCUGUUUUCUCAGUCAGAGCGUUCAACUCCUUCGAAAGUAGUGCCCAAUGGGCCCAAGAAUGUGGGACCACCUCCGGAUGCCGACCGUGACAAGCAGCAUUAGCCCCACAUAAGAGAAAUGAACCAUGUCCAGAAAAACGUGCUCAAAGAACCAAUACCAAGACAACAUCCGAGCAAUCAGGUGUACACCAGCAAGAAAGAUGAGUUCUGAAGAACCUGUCGUUUCCAGCUAUCCAAGGAUCUUGUCACCAUUAGCUUAGCUGAAGGCCUCAUCAAUUCUCUAAGCAAAGAACCGAACUAUCUUCCAAGCUUUUCUGAGUGGAUGAUGUUUGAUGCCAGAUCCCACUAGCAGUAGCAUGGAAAUGUCUUACGCUUUUUGACCAACAUUUUUAGUGGAAGGUAAUGAGACUCAUGUUCUUGUUGGAGUUCCUCCUGUGGGGGCAAUGGUACUUUUAGAGCUAGGACAUCAGUACCCGCAUCAGGGUCCAUCAUGGGCAUGGCUGCAAAUGUCAAUGUUUAUGGUGAGGCCAUACAUAUGAUGCGGAUCAGGUAUAAUAUGUUCCAACCAUCAUGAUUUUAA